AUGGGAAAAUCGAAUCAAGCUAUUCAAACAGGAGAAAAUGUAAAUUCACAAAUUCAAUCAUUUGAAAUGAAUGUAACAAAUAGUCAAAAUAAUUCAUCAUUAGGAGUUGUGGAUUCGAAUAGUAAUAGCUUAACUAUUUCAUCAAGUGAAAAACAAAUUUAUGGAAAUGAGGAUUUAAUUCACAGAAGGUCAAACAUUACCGAAAUUAUCAAUAAUACCAAUCCUAGUACUACCAUUGAUCCAGAGAAGGCCAUUGAACUCAAUGCUAAGAGUAUUGAUAUCAAGACAGCUGGAGUUUCACCAAUUUUGAAAUCUGUCGAUAAUCCAAACGGAAAUGUGGAUUUUUCAACAUCUCAUUAUUCGAAUGGAUCUUCAACAAUGGAAAACAUGUCUCAACAAGAUCUGGUUGAUUCCUCUCCAAGACUUUUCAAAAACAAUGACAAUUUAUUUGAUGUAGAUGUUACAGAAACAGAUGAUAGUGAUUCGUAUUCAGAUAUUGACAGUCGAUCCACUUGGGCAUUUAGAGAUUUAUCUGAUUUACAAUCAGAAGUUAGAAGGUUUCAAAUAUUUACCUUCAUGUCAAGUUACAAGUUUGUUCUCAUUCUCUAUUCUACAUUUGUCAUUUUCCAAAUAGCUUUGUGGUUAAUUUUGGGAGGUGUUGAGGAAGCUCUCUUCUCCAACUCACUAAGUCAUACUGGUGAGAGAAUCUUUCUUUUGGAAGGUGGAAUGCUUGUUUUUGAUAGAGGAUGUUCAAUGAGCACCAAGAUGGUCCUCAUCAUUGCAGGAGAAUCAGUUAUUUACAUUAUUUUUGAAAUUGUAGCACUGAUAUUAUGUAUCAGAUCAGACAGAGACACAUGGAGUGUGAAAAAAGAGGCCAUUCUCAUUAUCAUCUUUCAAGUUAUAGCAAUAAUUGCAUUUGUAGUGACUGGUUUAAUUGAUGAAAUUGUUACAUUGACAGAUUACUUUAUUCCAUAUGGGUAUUCACUCAUGACCUUUUCACUUGUUGAAGUUUUCACUACUGUGCUAUUGCCAGUUGUGUAUGCAAUAGUGAGUGAGUAUAGGAAUUUAAGGAGAAUGGAUACAGAGUUUGACUCUGAGUUGGAACAAGUUCUACGUAAUAGAAAAUCAUUCAAUAAGAUGUUGGACUUUGCACGUCGAAGUUAUGCACCUGAGAGUGUGUUGUGCUAUCGAGAUAUUCAGAGAUUUAAAAAGUUGAGAGCUAACAAUCGAAGAAAGAUGGCUCAUCACAUUGUAAAUUCAUAUCUAACGAGUGGAUCUCCUUUGGAAUUGAAUAUUGACAAUAUUAUAAUAAGAAAAAAGGAAUUUUCUGAUAGGGUUUCUAAUACCAAUGAAAAGCUUCCAAGAGACAUGUUCAAUCAGAUCCAAGACCAUUGUUUGGUUGAUAUGAGAGACAUUUUUGAUCGUCUGAGAUCUUCUGAUAAGGAGAUUUACCAAAUGAUACAAGAUUGGAGGAUGAAGCAAUCAAAAUUAAUUAACUGA